AUGACCACCCCUAGGGCAGCAGUGGACAGCCUCGUCUGGCGUGCGUCCGAGGUUGCAGGGGAUGGCGCAAAACGGGACCCCUGGCAGGCAACGCCUCCUCCUCCUCCUACUCCUCCUCCUCACCUCUCUACACAUACGCAGACCCAGAAGCGCAACAUCAUGCCCUUCUUCCCCGAAGCCUUCACCGAGGCCCUCAACCCCCCGAGCAGCCACCACCGCCGCUCCUCGUCGCGCCACCGCGACCGCGACCGUGACCGUGAGCGCACAAGCAAACGUCGCCGCUCCCGCUCCAGUUCCCGCGACCGCGAGCGCACCCGCGGCGGCGCCAGCUCCUUUGUCAGCGACCUCUUUGGCAAAGACAGCAGCUACAGCAAGCACAAUGCCUCGCGCGGCUCCUUCUUCGGCCUCCCUCUAGGCGGCAACUCGCGCUCCUCCUACUACAAACGCUCCCCUCGCAAGGGCUUCUUGCAGCGCUCCUACAAGCAGCUCAAGCGCCUCAUCCGCGACCUCUUGCACUGGUUCAAACGCCACCCCUGGAAGGUCUUUUUCAUGGUCAUCAUGCCCCUCGUCACCGGCGGCGCGCUGACCGCUCUCCUCGCCCGCUUCGGCCUGCGCAUGCCCCCGUCCCUCGAGCGCGCCCUCGGCAUGGCCUCGCGCGCCGCCUCGGGUGACGGCUUCGGCCUCAUGAGUGAUGCUGUCCGCAUGGCUGGCGGCGGCGGCGGUGGUGGCAGCGCACGCGGCGGUUUCGGCGGACAGGACAACUACCCUCGCCGCGGCAGCGGCAGCGGCGGCGGCGGUUUCGGCUUGGACUCGUUUGAGAGCUUUGGGCGCGCCAAAAGUCGUGGCGGCGACGACUGGACCAGCGGUUUGCCGACUGCCGUCUUUGACACCGCCGUGUGCGCCUUUGAUUACAUUUAUGACCUGACAGUUUGGAAGAUUUCCGAUAUAUACACCCUGCACGAACAACAUCUGUCAUUAUACGCUUACUGA